CCUAUAUUCACAAUCCGUCCAACAACAUCAUUCAGUGAGUGACAGAACACACGGAAAUAGUCACGAUUCACCUCGGUAGCACGGAACACGGCGUGAUUGGCUUUUGCCUGAUCUUUUUCACUGGAACUUUGCAUCGGAAAUAGUUAUAACGUCAGUGGCACUGCGGAGUCAUCUGCAAUUGUCGAGGCUCGAAGGACACACGAGAAAUGCGGACUUUAAAUACAUCAACAUAGUGGAGAGCUUUUUCAGUGCUGGUAUAAUGAAAACCCGUGAUGAUGUAAAUAAUUUAUGUCGUCAAUCGAUAGAAAUGAACGUGUAUUAGCUGAGUGUAUUGGAUGAGAAAUAUCCCUCCUAGCGCGAGUCAUGAAAUUAAAACGUACAUUGUGACCCUCAUCGAUCGUCCUGUUUUCUGAAUUAAUUUAAAGCUCUCGCGAUAAAAACAACGCAUGUAAAGUAUACGUUUUUGUAUAUCUUGUUCGAUAAUACAACAUUGCGGUUGUCACGGGCUUUUUUGCGAGCCUCAUCUCAUUUUCAACAUUGCGGAAAAAUUGUGCUUUUAAAUUGCAAUUUAAUAACAAAAUGACGUGUCACCGUUGUAAAUAAUGUGACAAAAGCAGGAGGAAAAAGGAAACUGGGAAAAAAGGCACAGGAAAAGCAAUCAUCGCGCAAUUAUUGAGUUUGCAAUAAUCUGCACAAUUUUCCGCACACCAUUUACGACUUCAACAACAAUCUCUGGCUCUCUCGUCAAUCCUGGCUGCGCUCUAGUGUGACACAUGAUUCAUACAAUUUUUCACACUCUCGCUCACACGGAUUUUCAUUUUCUCGGACUCGGCUGGACUCUUUGUAUGGAGUAUCAGCAGACGACGGCGUGGCUGUAAAUGGUAUGCAUUUGAGUGAGUUUCGGUGCAGUGCAUAAGAGUUCUCGAAACGAGACGAGUUAACAAAAGAGCAACCGGAAGUUCAUGAACGAGGGUGUGCGGGUGGCGAAGGCGAAAAAUGGCAACAGAGGUGACCAGAAGUGCUGAAAAACCAAUGUCGCCAAUUGAGUGGGGAAAUAAAAUGCGAGUCCUGGGGAUUAUGGGACUGCUCACUCUCAUCAACACGUACCAGGCAUCUGUGGUGGCAAAUAUUGUCGAUGGACCCGCAACAAUGGCCGGCCCCGGUCAAACUCCCCUCGUUCGCCUGCCCUCCAACACUCUGCUCAAGUACACGGCGUACAAGGAUGUCUCCAUCCUACACUUCCGAGUGCCGCAGGACACACGCACGGCGAUGUUUAGUUUUAAGGCGUUCGAGGAAUCCAAAAGUGCCUUCCAAAGAGUGUGUCCUGAGAGAGAUGUGACGCUACAUCUAAAGGCUGGAAGCUAUCCUGUUAUAAGUCCGGAAAAUAUCACAUUUCCUCGACACUUCCUAAGCGCUGACCAAAGAUUCCAGAUAUACGAUUUGCAAUUCAAAUCCGACAGUACCACGAAACGGCUCAACGUGGAGGGUCCGCAGCCGGGAAAUUGGUUUGCGGUGGCUUUCAUCAGUUGGACAGAUCCCAACAAUGAUCGCAUUGAGCAGCAAGGACUCUCGCCAUCGUGCGAAACGCAGCUUCUGUCCGAGAUGUCAGUGAUUGAAACCAAUCCGCAGUCAUUGAGUGAAAAUGUGGUUCAGCAGGACGUUUUGCUGACGAACUUCAGUUCACCACUCACGUACAGGUUCUUUGUGCCGCGUGAAGUCGUGUCCAUCACACUCCAGAUUGUCAUAGUGAAGCCAUGCUCAGAAUGUCCGGAAGUGAUUGUGAGCGUCAAUUCCCAGGCUCUGCCCAGUGCUCACAGCUAUCUGCACUCGGACAUUAUCCUGGUGAAUGAAACAAGUGCUCAACUUGUGCAGUUCCAUGCGCAGGAGAACGAAUGGCACUACGUAGACAUCAGCUUCUCAGACAGUGCAAACUCAUCUCAAGACAACGCUGAGGCUGCUGUCUAUGAUGUGGAAUUCACAAUAAUGCCAGUAUUUCACACCACAGAAGUUUCUCUGCCUCCAGAUCACAAAGUAGUCUCCUAUGACUCCUAUCCACUACUUAGGCAGACCUACAGGGAGUUCUUCAUGUUUGACUAUGAUCUCCUGCCUGACAUCAAUGGCACAGUGCCCGCCAGCCUCAAUCUGACCGCCGGAACUCCGGUGCUCUUCAAAUUUGACGUGGGCGAUGUGUAUGAUAUUGGAGGCACACUCAGCUUCGCCAUAUCCAUGAAGCAGGACAUUCGAGGAAAUGCCGUGGAUCAGAGCGCCGCGCUUUCUGUCACUGAAAGUGCGCCUCUCUUUGCCCAGAAACUCGUGGACACCUCGGCGGAAGAUGCCGCAAAAAUGACGAAUGGCGUGCGCAGCAAUCAGACCAUUAUUGUGUGCAUGCAUUUGGGAGUUCCUGGGGUGCCCACGUGGCCAGACAAGUGCAUCUACGGUCGCAGCGUCUUCCCAGCAGCCAUCAUAGUCAAUAAUACAGAUGCAGACACGAGUACUGGACUCGUUCAUGUGCCCUUCCCUGAGUCAGGGAACUGGCACGUGACUUUAGGGCUAUUUUGUCAUGGUGCUGAGACGGCCGCUCGCACAACCAUCAUCGACAGUGUGAAAGACUUCGUCAGGACCCAUAGAGACUUACUUGGCCAGAUGCAAGCGCCCUGUGCUUGUGCUCAGAGAAAGGACUUCUAUCACAAUUGCCUCAUUAGCGAAACAUGUUCAGCAGAGCUAAAUGAAACUGAGACACUGAAGAUCAAGGAGUGCUUAAUGGACGCCAAGUGCACACCGAAAUAUCAGGAAAUGUCACGACAGUUUGAGCUUCACCACAAGUAUGCCACUGAACAGAUCGUGAUUGACAAUGCUUCCUGCAAUGCCAGCGUUCUCUUCACCAUCUCAUCCAGUCCGUGCGUCGCCGGUCGUUGUGGACGCUACGGACGCUGCUAUCACUACAUGUCGGGCGGGUUCGUCUUCUCAACCUGCCUCUGCAUCAAGGGCUACCGCGGCUGGGACUGCACCGAGGACAGCCAAGUGCCCUCAUCCAUGUCCAUUCUGCUGGCUUCGCUGCUGCUCACCCUGAGCAAUCUCCUCUUCAUUCCCAGCAUCUACUUCGCUGUGCGCAGGAAGUACUACACAGAAGCGGUCAUCUACUUCUUCGCCAUGUUCUUCUCCACAUUCUAUCACGCCUGCGACUCGGGCGAGGAUGAGUACAGCUUCUGCCUGGUGAAGAUUGGUGUGCUACAGUUCUGCGACUUCUACUGCGGCCUCCUGGCGAUCUGGGUCACCCUCAUCGCCAUGGCUCACGUGCGGCAGACCUUCGUGUCACUGCUGCACAUGCUGGGCGCCAUCCUGCUCGCCUUCGGCACGGAACUCAACAAGCAGUCACUGUGGGUCUUCCUGGCUCCGGCGCUCACGGGCAUCUGCCUCAUCAGCGCCAGCUGGGGACUGCGAUGCCGCAAGACGAGGAAGUGGUUCCCGGCGCGCAACUACCUAGUCAUCUGCAUGCCUCUGGGGGCAGUGCUGGUGAUGGUGGGUCUGGUGUGCUACGCCUUCCUGCAGACGCGCCAGAACUACCACAUCGUGCACUCCGUGUGGCACAUGGUCAUGGCCCUGAGCAUUCUCUGCCUCUUGCCCAACCGGAAGACCUUCCUGCCAAAGUGCUAGCAUCCGGCCCCCGCUCUCCUCACGCCCCACCAGCAGCUCAUCGAGUCGGACUUUUACAUCUGAGCGACGGACCGCGUGGCGGAGGAUCCACACCCGAUGCUACCCCAACAGAGUAUAUUUUGCCGGAGGAAUCCAAGACAAGUGGAUGUAUCUUUGAGAUUGUUGUAUAACUAAUUUGUAAAAUGUCAAUGUAUAAGAGCACUCCAAUUCAGCAGUGAAAUGCAGAUUUUUCGCGUGAAUCUUAAGAUGUUAACAAUUUGAAAAAUUUGACAAAAAAUAUAUCUUUUAUAAAGGGUUUAUGCACAUCAACAUGUAUUUGUUCCCAAAGUGAACAAACAGAUAGUUUUUAAGACAAAAAAAGCACUUUUCUCUCAAGACUCUUCAGCAGAAAAUAACUAUGUUUUACAACUCUAAUCCUCUGAAAACAUUCCUUUAUCUCUUUACUCAAUGUUUGGUAGAUUCAUUUUGCGCGCGAAACUGUUAUUGCACUGCAAAAUCACAAAAAAAGAUGUUACUACUUUUGCGAAUUACUGUAGAAUAUGUAAUUUAGGUGAAGAUGAUAACCAAAAACUGAAGACACAAAAUUUCACAAAGCCUUAAACUAGUCUCGACUGAUAAUUUAUUAUCACAUGGAGUGUCGAAAAGUAAAGAAAGAAAUACCAAAAUGAGUUAUAUACUCUAUUAGAUAUAACGUGAAAGAAGUGACAGAUAGGUGUAAAUAAAUAUUGUAAUUUAGCGAUGAAUCGGAAGAGUGUGUUUAGUCUUUGUAAAGACAGAAAACAGGAGGAAUAUACACUAGUCCACAGAGAAUGUCACUGGAAGGGCACAUGCAAUUUUAAAUGUGAAUUUGUGGAAAUUUUAGGUGAUCGCUUCAUAGGUUGUCUGUAAAAGAAAAAAAAAAUGAAUUGCCGUGGAACAAAGAUUCCGGCUCAUUGUGUCUAUACUGAUUGAUUCUCUCGGAUUAAUGAAAAAAACACUCAAUUAUAAAGUCCUGUAGAUAGAUACAAAAAAGUCUGUAUAUUUUUUGUUAGGUGAACUUUUUUAUAACUUUAAAUUACAUUAUGUAUGCACAUUGAUGAUGAGAACAGGGAAGUGAGAUUCGUGAAAGUUGAAAGCUCACAAAAAUGAAGAUUUCAUUUGGUCCAUUAACUGUUUUGUUUCAAGUAAGUUUCUCAGAGAUUUAAUAAAAAUUAUUUCAAGCAAGAA